UAAUAAACAAUGGAAGUGUGACAAAGUGAGGAAAAGCUGUAAACGUGCCAACUUGAUCCAAAUGCCACCAUUAUCCAAUUCAUUCAUUCAGCAGCCGGUCGCCAUUGAAUAAUGAAUUUGUAGAGACUUUGGACGAUUGCAGAUCUUGACUGAGAAAAGAACCCUUCAUCAUAAUUCCUCGCCACCUAUAUAUGAAUCAAGAAAACCACUACCAAAUCCCAUUCCAAAACAGAGCAAGCAACUCUAUCGAAAAACAAUGCUCUCCCCGCUCAAAAUGUCGCCAGCCAUAUUCCUCUGCAUCUCCUUGUUGUCCCUCUCCAUCUUCCCUUCCACUCCCCAAGCCACCGUCCCUCCCUCCGCCCGAUUCUCCUUCACCAACGAAGGCGAUUUCGGCGACUACAUCGUCGAAUACAACGCGAACUACCGCGUUCUGUCCAUCGCCACCACCCCAUUCCAGCUCUGCUUCUACAACACCACUCCAGGGCAGUACACCUUGGCCCUGCGCAUGGGAACCGUGAGGUCGGAAGCCUUGAUGCGGUGGGUUUGGGAGGCCAAUCGUGGCAACCCAGUUGGCGAAAAUGCCACUUUCUCCCUCGGCGCGAAUGGAAACCUCGUCUUAGCACAUUCCGACGGUCGAAUCGCUUGGCAAUCGAACACCGCCGACAAGGGCGUGGUUGAGUUCGAGCUGCUCAACAAUGGGAACAUGGUGCUCAAAGAUUCCAAAGGCAGAUUCGUCUGGCAGAGCUUCGAUUCACCCACCGACACCCUCUUGGUGGGCCAGUCGCUCCGAAUCGGAUCCCCGUCGAAGCUAAUCAGCCGAACAUCGCCUGAAGAGAACAAGAACGGAGAGUACAGUUUGGUUCUGGAACCCAGAGACCUAGCUAUGUAUUUCACUGGGGCAAAAAGUCGAACACCUUAUCGGUACUUCUCAUUCCUCGCAGCAAACCGCCUCUUCCUCCCAAACAACACCACUUUAAUCAACACCACCUUCAACGCGAACCUGGGUUUCGACACACAAGUCACCAACGACGGCGCCGGAGGCGGAGGGACGUUCCUGAAAAACCCACGGUUCAACACCACUCUGUCGUACCUCCGCCUCGAAAUCGACGGCAACCUCAGGGUCCACACGUUCAUAAUCAGCACCGAUUCCGACGGGUUCCAGACCCAGCUGUGGGAAAUCGCGGUGACCAUAUUCUCCGAAGACGAUCUGUGGGCUCUGGAGACGAAAUGCCAGCUGCCGGGUCGGUGCGGCGAGUUCGGAGUCUGCGAGGACAGCCAGUGCGUCGGGUGCCCGAGUCCGAACGGGCUGGCGGGUUGGAGCAGAGAUUGCAAGGCGCCGAAGUUGAACGACUGCGGCGGGAAGAAGAAGAGCGACUUUAAGUACUUCGAGCUGAAAGGGGUUGAUCACUUUGUGGCCAAGUAUACGAGAGGUGAUGCGCCGGUGAAGCAGCAAUCCUGCGCCGACAAGUGUAGCAAAGAUUGCAAGUGCUUGGGCUAUUUUUACCACAGUGAUGCGUCGAGGUGCUGGAUUGCUUACGAGCUGAAGACGAUGACCAGGGUCGCGAAUUCGACCCAUCUGGCUUUUAUUAAGGCGCCGCUUCUGUAGAUCAGUGAAAUUUGCUUGGCCAAUGGCCAAUUUCGUUUUUUUACUCUUUUGUGCCAAAAGUCAAAAGUGGAAUAAAUAAAGUUGACCUUU